UUUUGAGAUAGCAUUUCAGCCCAUCUUGACAAACGUUUUUGGUUGGAGUCGAUAGAGUAAAAAUAAAAAAUUGAUAAAGAAAUAAUUAAAUAAAAUACACGUUUGACAUAAAAUAUAGGGGACAUGCGAUAACAUCAAUCACUAGCUGACCUUUUGUUGGACACCACACGUUUCACAUAGAUCUAUCUUUCAUCGAACGGGGAAAAAUCCCAGGCAAUGAACAAACAAACAAACGCGGACCAAGGAAAAGCCAUUUGCAUGGGCCAGUCAACCUCGCUAAUGUAACCAGAUGCAGUAUCGCUGGUUGAAAAUCAUUUGUCUGCAGGAGCUGGCUGUCUGGGUAACUGGCGGAGGAUGUAGGCCUACUCUCUCGUUUGGAUUAACGUUCUAAUUGCAGAGUGGCCGUUAUUGUUUCCAAUGUAUUAUUCUAAUUCAAAGUAUAAUCUACAUGUCGCAAGCUAUGCUCUCAGCUAAAGUGGCAAUAGUAAAAUUGAAAUUGUGGACAGACUUCUAGACACGGUGUCCGAAAAGGAACCUUAAGAAAUAUUAAAUCAAAGUGAAGUUCUGUGGGAUGCAGUCGUCGAUCAUUUCUUUAUUCACAAAGAGUCUCAGGUACAAUGUAUCGCAAGACGUAAUCGGCGAAAAACAGGAGUUUGACUCUCAGAUGCAUCGCGCCAUGGAGGAGUUAUCUCCCGCCGAAGAAGAGCACUUCGGAGACUCGGCUCACCACCACGGCCUUCAAGUAUGUGUACGACAACCAUUUCAACGACGCUGAUUGGUUUAUGAAAGCAGACGACGACACCUACGUCAUCCUGGAAAAUUUACGUUACUUUCUGUCAGGAGAAGACUCAUCCAAACCGGUCUAUUUCGGCCACCGUUUCAAGGUCAUUGUGCAGCAAGGCUAUGCGAGCGGUGGGGGCGGCUAUGUGUUAAGUAAGGAAGCUCUACGUCGCUUCGGGACAACGGGAUACAACAGCGAACACUGCGCCAUGGAUAAAGGCGCAGAGGACGUGCAGAUGGGGAAGUGCUUGCAGAACUUGAAAGUGUCGCUGGAGGGCUCUUUGGACGUCAUGGGGCGCAGUCGAUUUCACUGCCUGCCCCCGGAACCUUUCCUGACCGGCACCUACCCAAACUGGUUACAUAAAUAUGAUUUUGAGGGAUUGAAACAGGGUGUGGAAAAUGUCAGUGACUACGCCAUAAGCUUCCACUACGUGAAGCCCAAGCAGAUGUAUCUUUUGGAGUUUCUAGUAUAUCAUCUACACCCGUACGGUGUUAUAAACAAUAUUCAAGACCUGAAUGUAAAACAUAACCCGACCACGUCUUAGCCCAUUGCUACCCCGAGAUUCGCUGGAUAACUUAACUAUUCUGAUAUUUAUGCUUUCAGGGUUGACAAGAAGCUCUAAUGUUUGUUUUUCUUGAUUUAAAAUGGGUUUGUGAGGAUGCAGUAAUCUCAUGGAUUAUGAAGUUAAAGGGUAGAAAUUGAGUUGUACCCUUUCAAGUACAUUUAAUUUGUAGCCACUUUCUUGUUACUCGAUAUCCAGGGGAGGCUACUAGGUGUGUUUUAUCGAAGAUGAAAGGUUCGAAUUCUGUUCCUUGGUGACAUUCAGUGCUUGAUUUCCCUGAAACUUAUUUUGAAGAUGAAAAUUCAUAACACUCGCGUUAUGUUAGUAGACCACGAUUUAUCUUACUUGUGAAAUUGCCAGUUGUAAUCACGAGUUAAAAGAAUGUAACUUCGGUUCUGGUUUCAAUCCGACCGUAUUUGUAACAAUAAACUGUAUGUCUUAGGACCCCCAUCCCCCACGACACUGAAGUUUAUCAGUGUAUCGUUGAUGUCAAGAGCAAUGCAUGAACUUCAAAUGUGAUUUCAUGGUUAGUUCAUCAUUUUUACCUUCCAUUUUGCUGAGGGUCCAUAGAGGCUAUCGCAGUGUGCGGCAGUUACGACUAUUUUCACUUCUCCUUCUCGUACUCUUACGAAAGGAAAUGAACGCCAGUAUAAAUAUCUUUUUUGCGGUUUCAUUUCAGAAAGCUUGAUUUCGAAUGAUUUUUUAAAGAAAGACAUAAGUGAGAGUUUUGUUCGCAGUGAAAUGUGUGGCAUUUUAUUGGUCCGCUGUAAACAGUAUGCUUGGAAUGACAGGAACCUCUCGGUUGUUUGUUAAACUGCGUAGUGCAAUAAUGCAUCAAUUUUUAUCAUCAUCAUCAUAAUCAUCAUCAUCAUCAUCAUCAACAUCAUUAUCAUGGACAGGACCAAAUAUCAGGGUCACUGCUCAUUAGUCUUUGCUAAAAAAAAA